CCGCUGAGUGUGGUGUACGAGAGGAAUGCUGGUUAGUGGGCCCCUGUGCACUCGGCUGCCCCCAGGGUACCUGUAUUGACCGUGUUGACACCAUCAAGUACCGACAAAAGAUCGUGAGGGGUCGACGGAAGCUAGAGAGGAGACUGUGGACGCCCCAAACCAGUGCAGUACGUUGGUGCGCUGGACACACUAUUUCAACAGCACUGUGCUCUAAGCUGCACUCUCCUCCCCUUUCUCAAGGUCUCGCUUUCAGUCGAGGGAGCAAAGUCCAAGAGAUCUAAUCUACUAGGGCUGGGGCUCAGCUCCUUCCAGACCAGACCAGGGUUAAACGGAAGCAGUGCGUGGUACACGAAGGUGAACUCUACCGCUGUGAUAUGUCACUAGCUCGCUGUGCCGCAAAAAGCACAAGCCGCUAUAGUUAGCUUGCACUCUAGAUUUCGGUAAGGUGCAGGAUCUUUGCACUGAGCAAUCGUGCCACUAUGUGAGAGUGUCAGUCGCUAGACGAUAGUCGACGACAGUUGAGCGUAGGUCUACGCUGCUGUGCUGUGCGAGCGGAAAGUCUGGAGAGUGGAAUUGAAACUGGUGCAUCCCACGCAGUCGUCAGUAUCUAUAUCAGGGAACAGUGUUACCAUCGCGAGAGACUGCGAGAGCGAGCGAGAGAGACAGUGCAGGUGUGUACAUGUAUGCGUGUAUUUGUGUGCGAGCGCCUAACACGUUACUCUCGGGCUCAGGGUUCAAAGAUCAAACCUCAUCUACUUGGUUCAUUCCCGCCAAGUGCGCAGAUCAUAACUGAGCGCUGGUGUGUUAGUUGAGCACAACUGAACUUCAAAGUUCAAUCUAAAGUUACUUUGCUACCUUAUAAUUACCGUGCUACUGGUCAGCAUGAUCCAAUGAUUCUCAGGACGAAUCAUGGAAGAGAUGCACUAUACUAGCGCGUGGUGAACUGAACUGGCACGCAACACAUAUUUGGAUUAGAACUGAUCUUCUGUCCCGACAUCAUGCUGAGGAAGAGUAGCAGCUUGCAGAAUUCCCAUGGAAUGUUGUUGCCGAACAGAAGGUGCGUGAUGGCGGUCUCUCGAGCUCUGGCGAUAUUCGCCCUGAUAGCCACAUCACUUCCACGCACGGCAAACGCAGCAUCCAAGUGUCCAGCUGGCUUGCUGCACUAUGCAGUAACCGGGGAUUGCUUGGACAUGGAUGAAUGUGCAUCCUCAAAUACACGACUGUGUGCUGAGCGUGCGGUCUGCAUCAAUACACAUGGGUCCUACGAAUGCAAGUGCAACGAUGGCUUCCGCGGCCAUGGUCGCGUGGAGUGUCUCAAUAUCAAUGAGUGUGAGGAGAGGCUGCACACUUGCCAUCAGAACGCUGAGUGUACGGACACGGUGGGGAGUUACACGUGUGCAUGCCAACCUGGUUACUAUGGAGACGGGUCCCACUGUGCUGAUAAGGAUGAGUGUAGUAUGAGUGUUGAGGAGGUGGUGCAGGACCACCCCGAUCACUCGUACCUACUGGAGCGCAAUCACAGUCACGUGUGUCGUCGUCAUGCCGACUGCGUCAACAACGACGGCAGCUACGCAUGUUUAUGUAGGCUGGGAUACCAUGGCGACGGCCAUCUUGCUUGCCAUGACAACGAUGAGUGUGCAGCAGCAGAGGAUGGAGGGGAGGUCCCGUGUGACGACCUGGCUACCUGUAAAAACACGGACGGUUCUUAUGACUGCACGUGUCAUGAGGGUUACAGUGGGGAUGGUCGACAAUGCACUGAUGUGGAUGAGUGCAGUGUGGGUGAGUACGACUGUCAUCAGUUUGCUGAGUGCGUCAACACCGUGGGUUCGUACGAAUGCAAUUGCACCGAUGGAUUUGCGGGUAACGGCUCACACUGUUCAGACGUGGACGAAUGCUCCGAGUCUGGAGACGACGUGUGCCCGGAACACGCACACUGCGCCAACACCGACGGCUCCUUCGACUGCUUCUGCGCGCCCGGGUACGCACGGCAGGCGAACGGCAGCUGCUCGGAUCAGGACGAGUGUGCGGAGCGAACACACAGGUGCUCGCCGCACGCCACCUGCGAGAACGCGUCGCCAUGGUACCGAUGUCAGUGCCGCGCCGGGUUUAUCGGCGAUGGUUACGUUUGCCACGACAACAAUGAAUGUCUGAACAACAACCAUCAUUGUCACGCCAACGCCAAUUGUACAAACGUUAUAGGAUCGUUCAUGUGUCAGUGCAACAGCGGGUAUGAUGGCAAUGGAGAGGAAUGUCAGGAUGUGAACGAGUGCGAGAAGUGGACGCACAAAUGCAGAGGGAACACGGCGUGCAGGAAUACCCACGGUGCGUACGAGUGUUUGUGCCUCCCCGGCUAUGCACGCAACGCCGUCACCCGGCUGUGUGACGACAGGGAUGAGUGCACUGAUGCCGGCGGCCUCCAUGCUUGCCAUGACAACGCCACCUGUGUCAACACCCCGGGAAGCUACAGGUGCGAGUGUUUUCCCGGACACGAGGGAGAUGGAACUUCCUGCAUGGAAUUGACAUCAAGUGAUGAGCUGGACUCUCUCCUUCAGCUUCCUUUUGAUCUUGACAAGGCAGCAGGGAGAAUCGCAAGCAUUUCCCUAGAUUUGGAUGCUUCCACAGCCGAUGAAGAAGUUGUCAACAAAAUUGCGAAUAUCAUGGAGAAAAUGGUGGUGGGUCUGACGAAGGCCACAACAGAAAUUCAGAAAGGGACAAUGGAGAACAUUCUGCAGACGGUCAGUAACCUGGAGGAGAAUGCACCUACAACAUUGCAAGCUAGAGAGAGCAAUCGGAAGAACAACGAAAGGUUGCUGGGUAGCCUGGACAGAUUGAACCAGCUACAGCCAUUCAAGGGUGGCAAGGCUAACAAGAGCAAAGGGCACAUCAGCCUACUGGCGUCCACCUCCAUCACGCUUGGCGUGGCAGACUUCAGCGAAGAGGAAGAAGAGGAUCUGAAUGGCCGGAUCAUGUUCGGAUCGCGAUUGCAGCAUUCGCGCUCACGGCGAAGCAGUGGUUACCAGGAAGAGCUCGACGGCAUACUGGAAGGAGCAAACGGAGAGCGCAUGGGUGAGCCGUAUCACAUCACGGUCAGAGAAGAUGUGCCAUCGUCUCAGCCAGGGCAGGACGAUCAAGUUCUUGGUGGUCAGCUCCUCGCGGACAAUGUGGAGAUCAGUCUACACAAAGACGUCCUUCGCCAGGCGACAUGUCUGCACAGCCAUGGCACACAUCUAGCCUGUCCCAAACGUGUCAUGUUUGCCAUACACAACAGAGGAGGACUUUUCCAGGAGCAACAGCAACGGAAAGAGCAACGAGAGCAGCGCGACGUGGACAACGCUGCAACUGCAACAUCUGACGAGGAACGCGCGGAGGAGCUCGAGGAGGAGGUGGAGAAGGAAGAGGAGCGGCAGGUCACCAGCCCUGUCAUAUCGGCGCGUAUCUACGACCUUGAGAGUGUGGAGCUCCAGCAUGCUGCCAAUGUUACGUUCAGCAUCCCUGAUGGAAACCCAGCAAACAUUGAGGACACAAAGUUGGUGUGUGCCUUCUGGAACUUCUCCUUCAAUGGUGGUCUAGGUGGAUGGAGCAGCAAAGGUUGCGUGUUGGCAGAGGUAACAAGCAAACGAGUCAACGGUCGCCAUGGCACCGAGAUCCGCUGCUCCUGCAAUCACCUGACCAACUUUGCGUUACUGCUGUCCAAGAAACCACUCAGCUCUGGCAGGGGAAUAACUAUAGCUUCCUACAUCGGAUGUUCUCUAUCAAUACUGGGAUUGCUAUUGACACUCAUAGCCCAUGUCUUCUUCAGGGGUUUCCGCAAGAUGGUGUCGAACCAGAUCAUCGCGGGCAUCAGCCUGUCACUGCUGCUGCUUCUCGUAUUCUUCAUGCUCGCAACCAGCAAGUACUUCAUGAGAUCGUAUUCCGUCUGCGUGUUCGGCUCGAUGGCCAUACAUUUCUUCUUACUGAGUGCCUUCUGCUGGAUGGCUGUCGGUGGAUAUAAUCUGUACAUUCAGCUGAUCAAGGUUUUCAAGCGCAGCACUGGAUCAAACUUUCUCAUCAAGGCAAUGGUAUUUUCCUAUGGUGUGCCUGGCGUUAUACUGGGCAUCACGGCUGGAACAGCCCUGGACAGUUACACUGAUGGAUCAAGGUGUCGUCUCCAUGGCUAUGCAUUCUACUUUGCAAUGGUGGCGCCGCUGUGCCUACUAUUGCUGUGCAAUUUCGUUGUGUUUGCCCUGCUGGCGUGGAGCAUGGCCACCGUGAAGACCGUGGCAUCGCAGUCCACCAAGAAGAAGCGCAAGACACGCCUGAGAUCCUACGUCGGUCUCACCACGCUCCUGGGCUUAACCUGGGCGAGUGGACUGCUGCUGUUGGCGUCGUCACACCCGGCUAUACAAUGGAUAUUUGUCAUACUGGUCAGCACGCAGGGCUUCUUCAUAUUCGUGCUGCAGAUCGCCACGCAUCGCCUGGUCACGCGCCACCUCAGCUCCAAGCCGGCGCGCAGCUUCCAGCACAAGCUCUCCACGCCGUCGUCCUGGACCAUAUUCCGCUUGACGCGCUUCAGCCAGCGCAGGACGGCGCAGCGACGACGUCGAAUGUCGGUGACGUCCGCAGACUCUCGCGGUUACUACCGGAAAGGAACGGUAACCUACUCCACCACGGCAGCGCAUAGCAACAAUCGCACGAUCAGUGGAGACCGGAACGGCGUGAUUCUUGCACCAACCAGCUUCCACAGCCGCUUAUCUGACAUGUCCAUUCCGCAGCAAGUGGAUGGAGUUAGCUCACUUAACCGGAUACCCGAGGCCCGACCAUCACUGACCACUGCCAGUUCCAUUGAACCAGCCUCGGCAGCGCCAGACUCUCCGCAGUCUCCCCCACCAAUGAUCGGUGAGAUGCAGGAAAUCCGAAGACCCAAGAACUGGGUGCCCCUGGAAUCCGUUAAGAUGGGCCUGUCACGAGUGAAGUCGUUUGAGCAACGAGAAUCGGAAGGAAGACGCCUAUGAUGGGCUGCUGAAACUGGAGUACUUCUUUGUGGAGAUGAACAGUACCUGUGACCCCCAUGCCUGUGGCCUCUUUGUCCUCAUUCACAAUUUUUCUCAAUUUCAGAAUAUAUGCCGGUCUCAUAUUCUGUAUGUGGUCGACCUGUGGGUUGCGUGAAUCUGACGCUACCAACACUAGCUAUGUGUUCGGGCUCGGUUGAAUGUCUUUCUUUUUCCUUUUAUGUUACCUGAGAGCAAAUGUCAGACUGGUAUAGA